ACUAUUCUGCAUUGGUUUGGAGUCACUAGGUCACAUGAUGUCAAAGCUAUUGACAAAACAAUACUAUAAAGGUAAUUCAGAAGGUACUUUAUAGACGGUCCCUAAGUAGGUCGGCUGGGAGCAAGUAGACAGGCCAUCUGUUUGUACACUGUCUGCAAACACGGGGUGAAACCGGCCGCAUUAAAAAAAAUGAAUAUCUGUCGAAUAUCCGAAUAUCAAACUAACUUCACCUCGGUAUGCAGCGCCCUCGCAUGAAAUCUGAGGAGGAACGGCAACCAGUCUAGAAACAGGAAGUAACCAGACAGUGCCAAUUCUCUUUGGUUUGAACAACUUUUAUGACGUGACGUUUCUUGGGCAUUUAGCUUUCCUAUCAUGUCACCAUAGCGUUGUAUGCGCAAUGCCCAUUUGGCUAUGGCUCAAAGUGUUGUUUUACUUUAAAAAGGGCAGCACAAGUGGAUAUAGUGCGACUGCUUCCCCAAAACAAUUGCUCCAUAACUGGAUUUAAUCGUUUGAUAUGUGGAUAACUUUAAGGGGACUAAACAAAUAAAAGAAUGGGAAACACUGCCCUUACCAUCCACCACCCCACCAGUCUGGAGCAUGACAUCCCUUACCUGGAGCACGGAAAGGUGGUGGACUCGACCGCCAGCACGCUCUGCCUGGAGAAGAGUGGUGGUGCGGUAGUGGGGUGUGGAGGCCGAGUCGUCUUCAAGAAGACCGCAUCUGACAGCCAGUGGACGUACAGGGCUUCCGAACGGAUCUCAGACUGUAAAAUCGGCGACGAAAUAACCGUCCUCGCAUCGGACCAAGCGGAGGCGAACACUCAGAUAGCGGCGAGGUUUGGCAUGUCGUUGUCUGAAGUGCGGGAGAGUGUGACUCUUAUCAAAAGCACGAUUGGUGAUUCUAGCGCCUACUCGGAGCUCUACUGCUAUGUUGAUUACAAUGUGAAGAGCAGCGGGAGGCACGAGUGGACGAGGAACGACCUGUACCUCAAGGCUACGCACCGCUGGGCCGAGAGCUCGGAGAUGGUCAUCGAUAUUACUUUCCUGACUGAGGAGGAGAAAGAGAUCGAGAAAGAGAAGCAAAAGGAGAUGGCUGAAACGAUGAGAAAUGUGAUAUUUAUGUUCGGAAAUAAUACGACUGAUGUAACUAGAAAAACAUGAUAUUUCAAACACUGUAAAAGGGUUUGAACAUUCAACAACAACUGUAGUAUUUUUAAUAUUGUAGAAAAACUAGUAUUCUUUUUCCUCGAGCAUGAAAAUAAAAUUUGUGCCAUAACUUUGAAACUGCAAAAUGCAUGCUUCGUAUCCAAAUGUCUAGCCUAUUAGGCUUUGAAGACAGAGCAGCUUAUUUUCUUGCAUGCUUCAUAUCCAAAUGUCUAGCCUAUUAGAAGUUUCAGCUAAGGCUUUGAAAACAGAGCAGCUUACUUUCUUGGCAUUUUAAUUUGUUGUAGUUUUGAGCUCUACAGCUCUGGGCUUGCUUGUCCUCUGAGUUCGCUAUGCACCUGAAACCGGUCUUUACUACAUUUGUUCUACAAUAUUAACUGAAAUUACAGUAUGUAAGUAACAUACAGUAGUAGGCAAGAGCAAUGUGUUUAUCAACAUUUUCCUUAGCCUAUCGUUUCUGUUUUACAAUGUUAACUGAAAUUACAGUAUGUAAGUAACAUAGGCAAGUAGCAAUGUGUUUAUCAACAUUUUCCUUAGCAUAUCAUUUCUGUUUUGUUUCGAUGCUUAAUGAGAAUGUUACAUGUCACGCAAAUGACAGGAUGCCUAAACACUCUAAUUGAGUACUAUAUGAGUUUAGCUUUUCCUGUGUAGCCUGUGGCUUACAAUACUUUAUCAAUGUGUGACCUGCAGCUUAGGAUACUUUAUCAAUGUGUGGCCUGCGUCUUACAAUACUUUAUUAAUGUGUGGCCCGCGGCUUACAAUACUUUAUCAAUGUGUGGCCUGCAACGGAAGUGACAUUACCCAACAUCGCUUACAGCACCAUUAAUAUUCUAUGGAGAUCUGUCUGGACCUGUAUGGGGACUAACAAUACCUUUAAUAGUCUAUACAGAUCUGUAUGGAGACUAACUAUGCCUUUAAUAGUCUAUAAAGAUCUGUAUGGAGACUAACUACACCUUUAAUAGUCUAUAAAGAUCUGUAUGGACCUGUAUGGAGACUAACUACACCUUUAAUAGUCUAUAAAGAUCUGCAUGGACCAGGGAUGUAACGAUUACCGGUAUAAUGGUAAACCGCGAAAAAAAUGUUGACUACAAUAAUUACCGUUUUCA